AUAACUAUAGUUCAAUGUUUUCAAGUCUAACCUAAAAACAAAAAGUCAUUAUAAUACAAGUGUACAAAAUGGAAACGUUGAAAUCGAACUUCGAAGUAUAUUCGUUUUCAUCUAAGACACAUGAGAAGGAGUACAGUUUUGAUGUGUUAAAAAUGUUGGACUCAGUGAUGAUUGUUGUAACUUCUGGACAACUGAAAGACUUUACACAGCUGGCGAUGGGUGUUAUGAAUCCUAUAGGGGGCAAGCAUAUAACGACAAAUAUAAUGGGUAGCUUUGACAAUGAUUUCCUUGCAAGUAUUGUAUCCAUGUUGUCCAAGAAAUUAAAAAAAACUGUGUAUCUUAGUUUGAAUCAGCCAAUUAAUCAUAUGGAAGUUCCAGUGUUAACAAAGCUAAUUGUCAAUGAGAUUGAGAAAAGUCCAGAAUGCUUUUGAAAUCUAUUAUUAUCUAUAUGCCAUUCAAAUUUGGUAUUGUUUUUAACUUAAAACUGAAUAUUAUAUCUAAUUAAUAUUUGUAUUAAUAAAUUCAAAUCAACAUGCAAAAUUACAAUAUUUUUUAAACCUCCCUGUUGAAGAGGCACUGAAAGGUAUAUUGGUUCUUACGGAUCUAUGCAACCGGUGGAUCAUAUCCUAUUAUAAAAUGUAUAAUGCUUUCUUUAUAACUACAUGAUGUAAAUGUUAUUCAUUUCAAGAUACAAAUAUAUAGUCGUCAGUAUCACAAAAAUCCGACAUAAAAAAGUUAG